AUGGCUGGAGUAAAGAAAAGAGGCGGAGGAAGAAGAAACCCCUCUAAUCAAACCUCUGGAACCUCACAAACGGUGAAUCACAGACCCGCCAAUCUUCCUCCCCAGUAUACCUUCACGCCGGCGAACCAUCGAGUUCCAGAGACUGAUUCUCAGGGAACUCCUGUCCCAAACCUCCAGCCUCCAGCGAGACCUACACCUUCUUACCGAGACUAUCCACCUCCGACAAAUCUGUUCCAGCACUCAAGGAGCUUUACCGGAACAUCCCCUUCCGGCAAAGAUCCAACCAGGCGUCCUUUUCCUCAACCUCUCGCCUCCGCGACGAAUCCACCAGAAUUCUCGAGUCAACUUCGAGAGUCUCCUCAACCUUCUCAAGCGCAAAACUCACAUGAGGAAGAAGCUGAUUCGGAGGAUGACGGUGCAAGGGAAUCAAAUCUCCCAGCUGAUGUACUCGCUUCUUUACAUGACAUGCUUGUCCAACCAGGCCGUGAGAAGUAUACCACUGUCCUCUCUCCCUCAUUAGAGCGUGGAACCACUUGGUAA